GAGGAGCGGCCUACUUCAUCCACAUCCGAAGUGUUCUCAUUACGUGGAGGUGCUUUACGCUGGGCGGUUCUUAACAUAAUUUCAUCUUAAUUACAAAAUUAAAACAUCAGAAACCGCUUGCACCUUGUUGCACUGCGAUGGCUGAUCCUAAAUACGCCAACUUGCCAGGCAUCGCCUUCAAUGAGCCCGAUAUCUAUGAGACCAGUGACCUGCCUGAGGAUGACCAGGCACAGUUUGAAUCGGAGGAGCUGUGCAGUGACAGUGUGGAGCGCAUCGUGGUGAACCCCAACGCCUCCUAUGACAAGUUCAAGGACAAGCGUGUCAGCACCAAGGGCCUUGACUUUUCUGAUCGCAUCAGUAAAAACAGGAGAGUUGGCUAUGAGUCUGGAGAGUAUGAGAUUGUGAGUGAGGGCUGUGGGGUGAAGGAGACUCCUCAGCAGAAGUACCAGCGGCUGCUCAGUGAGAUCCAGGAGCUGACUCAGGAGGUGGAGACCAUCCAGACCACCACGCGGGAGAGCAGUGCUGAGGAGCGGCUGACCCCGGUGGCUCUGGCCCAGCAGGCCGCCCAGCUCAAGCAGCAGCUGGUGUCCGCCCACCUGGACUCCCUGCUCGGACCCCAGGCACACAUCAACCUGGCCGACCCUGACGGGGCCCUCGCCAAGCGGUUGUUGACUCAGCUGGAGGCGGCGCGGGCCAGUCGUGGGCCGUCGUCGGGCGAGGGCAAGGGGGCGGGGGCGGGGGCCAAGGGUCCAGAUGGGGUGGUGCUGUACGAGCUGCACAGCCGGCCGGAGCAGGAGAAGUUCUGUGAGGCCGCCAAGAUGGCGGAACUGGAGAAGAGGCUGGCGGAGCUGGAGACAGCAGUGGGCUCCGGCUCUGACAAACAGGGUCCUCUCAGUGCAGUAGGAGGAGGCAGUCUGAUGGAUACUCUGGAGCUGCUGCAGGCCCGUGUCAAUGCUCUGGAUGCGGCCACUCUGGAUCAGGUGGAGGCCAGACUCCAGAGUGUGCUGGGGAAGAUGAAUGAGAUUGCCAAGCACAAGGCGGCCAUUGAGGAUGCCGACACGCAGAACAAGGUAGCCCAGCUGUACGACGUGGUGCAGAAGUGGGAUGCCAUGGCCACCUCCCUCCCUCAGGUGGUGCAGAGGCUCAUCGCCGUCAAGGAGCUGCACGAGCAAGCCAUGCAGUUUGGCCAGCUGCUUACCCAUCUGGACACUACACAACAGAUGAUCAACAACUCCUUGAAGGACAACAGCACACUGCUAACACAGGUGCAAGAGACCAUGAAGGACAACCUGAAGUCAGUGGAGGAGAACUUUUCUGCUUUAGACCAGAGGAUGAAGAAGGUCUCCAAAUAAGUAGAGUAAUUAGGCUUUUAUUUUUUACUGGAAAGAGAGAAGGACGCAAGGAGGGGUGCAAAUUGAAAAAAAAAAAAGAAAAGAAGGAAAAAAAUGGCUGCCAGCGUCUUGACAUUUUUUAAAGCCCUCUCUUCUUCUUUUUCACAAUCUCCCUCUCUCUCUUCACUUGGGCCUUUUUUUUUUCUUCUUUUUUUUUGCGAUGCAGAAUGUUCCUAUGUUGGAUUCCCAACUGGGACAGGGAAGGGGAGGGAUUGUGACCAAAUCACACACAUACAGCACACACUACAGUAGCUUCAUGUAUGCCUGCUACUCCCUCCGUCAGACCUGCAAGAUAGUCUGAUGUCUAAGGAACUGUACCAUUAGGGUAAUUUACCUCUCCCCGGCAACAAGUAUUUAAUCUUCCAACUACAGUACCUUCCACUUCACCCCACACGGUUGGCAACUAAUGACAAAUGUCCUUGGAUCUCCGUUUCGUUUAUUUUAAUAAAAGGAGUGAUUCCAUCACACCAUGCAGCAGGUAGUCACGUCUUUAGCGCCCUUUCAGAAUGAAUGAAUUAAAUAAGUAAAAAUAAAUAAUAAAUAAGUUGACUGAUUUCAGGUGGCCAUGUCAAUUUUUGUAUGUGUAAAGGAAUGACCGCAUUCGUGGGGGGAAGAAAGACUUCAGAAUAUUUGCCACUCUGUCCUUGUUAAGUUAUGGGGUCACUUUCAAAAUGGUGCAGAAAGAACAGGGGUUAUCAUUUCAGGUGAUUCAGGUGAAUGAACUCCACUGGACUGUUGAGUGCGGAGGAUCCAUUUUCUGUGUUUUGGCAGGAGGUGAUUUUGGGGACAGGAACUACUUGUACAUACUAUGCCUGCAUACCUUAACUUUUUGUUUUCUGCUCAGUUGCUUGUAAUUGUUAUUAUAUUGUUAUUACUGAAAACCACAUGCUACAAGACAAACUCCAGUCUGCUUUGUUAUUGCCUACUAUGGACUGUAUUGUAAAAUCAUUGAUGUUGGAGAAAGAAAGAAAUAAAAACACAUGCUUUAACCCA